AUGUCGUCAUCCGACAAUUCCAUCACCGCGGCAUUGUCGCGGACAACACCUGUGUUCAGCCUGAGAGUAUGGGUUCUGAUUGCCAUUGGCAUUGGAAUCCUGAUGGCAAUCCUGUUCAUCAUAGUACUGUGGCUUUCCAUCCGAAGGAAGAACAAGGCGGUGAACGGAAUCGACACUACAUCGCAAACAGAAAUCCCUAUUGUGUCCAAGGAAAUCAACAUUGACAAAGGAGUUGACUCACAGAGUGCGAAUGACAGCAGCGAAGUGGCCUUCAUGCCAGUUCAUGACAAAUACACACAGAUGAAGAGUGUGCCACCUUUGGCAGAGACUAGAUCUGUCGACGUCGACGCGUUCAGCCAAUGCAGCUCAGUGUACAACAUAGAAAAGGCUGGAAGCUCAUACUCUGAGGAUUACAACAGCUCAGGUCCAAAGAGGGCAGGCAGUUCACCAUAUGGAUUCACAUCAACCUCGCCGCUGGUUGGCCUGCCAGAGCUAUCACAUUUGGGCUGGGGCCACUGGUUUACCUUGAGGGACCUGGAGUUUGCGACAAAUCGGUUUGCCAAGAGUAAUAUCCUUGGGGAGGGCGGCUAUGGAGUUGUCUACAAAGGCCGGCUUAUGAAUGGGACUGAGGUGGCUGUGAAGAAGAUCCUAAACAAUGUAGGGCAAGCAGAGAAGGAAUUUAGAGUUGAAGUUGAAGCCAUAGGUCAUGUUCGGCAUAAGAAUCUGGUGCGGCUUUUGGGCUACUGCGUUGAAGGGAUACACAGGAUGCUUGUGUAUGAGUAUGUAAACAAUGGCAACCUAGAACAAUGGCUCCAUGGGGCCAUGGGUCAACAUGGUAUCCUUAGUUGGGAAAGCCGUACGAAGAUUCUGCUUGGGACAGCAAAAGCGCUUGCAUACCUUCACGAAGCAAUAGACCCCAAAGUCGUCCACCGAGAUAUCAAGUCAAGUAAUAUCUUAAUUGAUACCGAAUUCAACAGCAAGGUUUCUGAUUUUGGGUUAGCGAAACUUCUGGAUUCCGACGCAAGCCAUAUCAAUACAAGAGUGAUGGGAACAUAUGGGUAUGUCGCGCCUGAGUACGCGAAUAGUGGGAUGCUGAAUGAAAAGAGUGAUAUUUACAGUUUUGGAGUUGUGUUGUUGGAAUGCAUUACAGCUAGGGAUCCAGUUGACUACAGUAAGCCUGCAGAUGAGUCAAACCUUGUGGAGUGGCUUAAAAUGAUGGUUAGCACAAAGAGGGCAGAGGAGGUUGUGGACCCAGGCCUUGAGGUUAAACCACCUAAGCGUGCCCUUAAGCGGGCAAUUUUGGUUGGCCUCAAGUGUGUUGAUCCUGACGCCGACAAGAGGCCGAAGAUGAGCCAUGUUGUCCAAAUGCUUGAAGCGGUCCAGAAAGCAUACCAAGAAGAUGAGAAGAAGCACAGCCAGAUGGGAAGCAUCGAUCUAGAGUCGCAGCAGUCAGUAGAGGAGCUAUCAAACAGUGCUGAUGUCUGA